UUGAAUUUCCAGAAUUUGCUGGUCUCCUUUUGUCUGGUGCUGCUGUCCUCCGCGGCCCUCGCUGAGCUUCCCUAUGGAGCGCAAGGCGGACAUGGAGUCGGACUUGGAGGUGGAUUUGGAGGAGGACUUGGAGGUGGACAUGGAGGCUUCAUUGGUGGAGGACAUGGUGGCAGCCUCGGUGGUGGACACUUAGGAGGCUUCGGUGGAGGAAGCAUCGUCUCUGGAGGCUUCGGAGGCAAGCACGGCGGCGCCGUAGGUGUUGGACACGGAGGAGGCUUCGGCGGUGGAAGCAUCGUCUCCGGAGGAAAACAUGGAGGAGUCGUCGGAGGUGGAUUCGGAGAUGACAUUGUUAGUGGAACCGUCGUCUCUGGAGACUUCGGAGGCAAACAUGGAGGCCUUGGAGGUGACUUCUCAGAUGAGAUUAUUAGUGAAGCUGUCGUUUCUGGAGACUUGGGAGGGAAGCACGGUGGAGUCAUCGGUGGAGGACACGGUGGAAUCAUCGGUGGAGGACACGGUGGAAUCAUCGGUGGAGGACACGGUGGAAUCAUCGGUGGAGGACAUGGUGGAAUCAUCGGUGGAGGACACGGUGGAGUCAUCGGCGGAGGACACGGUGGAGGCUUGGGUGCUGGAGGCUUUGGAGGCAAGCAUGGAGGAGUCAUCGGUGGAGGACACGGUGGAGUCAUCGGUGGUGGACACGGAGGCGGCUUGGGCGUUGCUAGCGUCGUUUCUGGAGGCUUCGGAGGCAAACAUGGAGGAGUCAUCGGUGGUGGACACGGUGGAGUCAUCGGUGGAGGACACGGUGGAGUCAUCGGUGGUGGACACGGAGGCGGCUUGGGCGUUGCUAGCGUCGUUUCUGGAGGCUUCGGAGGCAAACAUGGAGGAGUCAUCGGUGGUGGACACGGUGGAGUCAUUGGUGGUGGACACGGUGGAGUCAUUGGUGGUGGACACGCUGGAGUCAUUGGUGGUGGACACGGAGGCGGCUUGGGCGUUGCUAGCGUUGUUUCUGGAGGCUUCGGAGGCAAACAUGGAGGAGUCAUCGGUGGUGGACACGGUGGAGUCAUUGGUGGUGGACACGGUGGAGUCAUUGGUGGUGGACACGGAGGCGGCUUGGGCGUUUCUAGCGUUGUUUCUGGAGGCUUCGGAGGCAAACAUGGAGGAGUCAUCGGUGGUGGACACGGUGGAGUCAUUGGUGGUGGACACGGAGGCGGCUUGGGCGUUUCUAGAGUUGUUUCUGGAGGCUUCGGAGGCAAACAUGGAGGAGUCAUCGGUGGUGGACACGGUGGCGUCAUCGGUGGUGGACACGGUGGAGCAAUUGCUGGAAAGGGUGGAAAGGGCGUAGCCACAGCAUCUGUGAGCUUCAACUUGGGUGGUGGUCAUGGAGGUAUCGGAGGCUUCAGUAGUGGGCUUGGAGGCGGUUUUGGUGGUGGACACGGCGGCGUUAGCGGAGUCUAUGGCAGCAGUCUAGGUGGACUCGGAGGUGGAGUCAUUGGCGGUGGACACGGAGGUGGCAUCGUUGGAGGUGGACACAAAGGAGUCGUUAGUGGUGGACUUGGAGGUGGACUCGUCGGAGGCCACGGAGGUGGCAUCAUUGGAGGUGGACACAAAGGAGUCGUUAGUGGUGGACUCGGAAGUGGACUCGUCGGAGGCCACGGAGGUGGCAUCAUUGGAGGUGGACACAAAGGAGUCGUUAGUGGUGGACUUGGAGGUGGACUCGUCGGAGGCCACGGAGGUGGCAUCAUUGGAGGUGGACACAAAGGAGUCGUUAGUGGUGGACUCGGAGGUGGACUCGUGGGAGGUGGCCUUGUUGGCGGUCAUGGAGGUGGCAUUGUUGGAGGUGGACACAAAGGCGUCAUCGGAAGUGGACUCGUCGGCGGUCAUGGAGGUGGCCUCGUCGGAGGUGGCCUCGUCGGAGGUGGCCACGGAGGACUAUACGGGAAAUAAAUAGUACUCGAUUGUCAGAAAGUUAAUUCCGACAAUAUUACAAAUAAAACAGUUUAAUAUUCUGGGUUUUCUCCAGGAUUUAAUAAACGAGAAAUUCGAUAACAAUAAAAUAUAUUUAUUUCAAAAUACUAUAAAUAAAUGCACUAACUUCUAAAACGAGUUUGAUAUCCUUCUCUAGAGUAAAUAUUCUAUCUUUUUGUCCUCGAAGUUGUGAUUAUAUUUACUGUGGGAGAGCUAAACCUGAAGGAGUCAUUCACUACCUGGGAAAACGAGAGGAAAGUAGGUUUUAUAUGGGGAAAGGGCUCUUGAUCCAGUUUCCAGGAUCAAGAGCCCUUCGCCAACAUCAUGGCGCCACUUUUCUAUAAAAAAUAUGAGAAUUUCUCUCGUAAAAUAUUAUUAUAAUCAUAACUAAGUGCUAAACCCGAAAGGUCGUGCAGCUUCUCUGAAAAAGAAACGAGAAAUAUGGUGAUUAAAAUUAAUAUUGCGACCUUCAGAGCAU